AUCAACUCUCACUACACAAUGGACGACGGUUUACUAUUGAACUUUGCAACAGACGAACCAGCGCCUACCAGAAAGGCCAAGCUGUCCGGCAAGAUUGUAGGAGGCUCGUGGAAGGAGCGCCGGAAGGCACAAUUGGCGUCGCAGGGCCGUGUGGGCAGCCGCAAGAAGACGAUUGACCUUGCAAAGCGCUUAGAAACGACCCCUUCUGUUCCAACCACUGAGGAUGCUGAAGCCAGAAAGGUGCGUGCCUUGGCUAACGAUAGAAAGAGAGGUGGGCCUAAGGAGUUCAAGGGUCCCUCCUCCAAGCAGAUGCGGUUGGCCGAGAAGAACGGCGAGACCAUUGCGCCAACUGACUCUUACGUCUCCUCCUUGUUCACAUCCAACCCGAGUUUGACCAACGAAGUUGCUGAGGAAGCGUUCACCGAGCUCGCGCCGUCCAACGCGCCGUUGACGGAUGCCACAACCUUCGAGGGACUUGGGAUCGAGGGCCAGCUCCUUAAGCAUCUCGAAGCCUUGCGCUUCACCAACCCAACCAAGAUCCAGCGUGCGGUGUUGCCGCGUCUCUUGGAACGCGAAACAGAUCUCUUUGUACAGGCGCAGACCGGUUCGGGGAAGACACUUGCAUUCGCGUUGCCGAUUUUCCAGAAAUUGAUGACGGUGAAGGACUUGGACCGCCAGUCGGGGGUUUUUGCGUUGAUUUUAGCGCCAACCAGAGAGUUGGCCACCCAGAUUUACAGUGUCCUCGAGACCUUGAGCCGGUGCUGCAACCGCAUCGUCCCGGGGAUCGUCAUUGGUGGUGAGAAGAAAAAGUCUGAGAAGGCGAGAAUUAGAAAGGGGGUGAAUAUCUUGGUGGCCACACCAGGUAGAUUGCUUGACCAUAUCGAAAAUACACAGAACAUGGACUUGGCGAACAUUCGCUGGGUCGUGUUGGACGAAGGUGAUAAGUUGAUGGAGUUGGGGUUCGAAGAAACCAUCACCAAGAUCUUGACCAAGAUCACCAAUACGUCCGCCAUCAGCGCCACUACCCGCAUCUACCCGACCUUACCAAAGCAGCGCAUCAAUGUCUUGUGUUCUGCCACCAUCAAGGAUAACGUUCAGAAGUUGGGUGAAAUUUCCUUGCAGGACGCUGAAAUGGUCAGCGCCGCGUUGGUGGGCGAUGAGUCCGAGCAGAUUAGCGCUCCGGGGCAGUUGUUGCAGCAGAUUCUCGUGGUGCCGCCAAAAUUAAGACUCGUGUCCUUGGGCUCUGUCUUGAAGAACAUCACCCGAAACGAGAAUCAGUUCACUCGCACUAUGGUCUUCUUUUCCUGUUCUGAUUCUGUCGACUUCCACUUUGCAACCUUCACCAAGGACGGGAAGAAGCUCCUCAAGCGAAAGAUCCCCGAGGAGGAUGACGAAAAGGUGACGGAAAUCGCUCAGGGUGGCGAUGACGAUUCCACAGCCUUGACCGCGCCGUUGCUCUCAGAAAACACCUAUGUCUACAAGCUUCAUGGGUCGUUAUCGCAGCAGGUGCGUACUUCCACCUUGGCCGCUUUCACCAAGGCCAGUGAGGGCAAACACACCGUGCUUUUCUGUACUGAUGUGGCCGCCAGAGGGUUGGAUUUGCCGGAUAUCUCCACAGUCAUCGAGUAUGAUCCGCCGUUUGCCAUUGAGGACCAUUUGCACCGUGUGGGUCGUACCGCGCGUGCUGGUAACAACGGUAAGUCCGUGUUGUUCUUGCUCCCAGGGACUGAGGAGCAGUACGCCGACAGAAUCAGCAGCUAUCAUCCGGCCGGGUUGCAGCACAUUUCGUUCGAGUCAGUGUUAGUUGACGGCUUUGGCAAGAAGUGGGAGGUGGAUGCCACCACAUGGCACUUGAACGUCGAGAGGUGGCUCUUGGAGGACACCACCGCCCACGACAAGGCCGUCCAGGGGUUCACCAGUCAUGUCAGAGCGUACGCCACGCAUUUAGGGAGUGAGAGGGAUGUGUUUAACGUGCGCACCUUACACUUGGGACAUUUGGCAAAGGCAUUUGGGUUGCGUGAGACCCCAAAGAGAUUGGGGGGUGCCGGGUUGAAGAAGGGUGACGGCAAGGGCGAGAGCAAAAAGACAGGUAAGGAAGAUGCCAGAACGAAGAUGUUAAGAAUGGCCAAGAUGAAUGUGAAGAGUGCCAGCAGUGAGUUUAACUUUAUGUAACCAGGGGCUGAUAUCGGAAAUACGCUUGUCAAUUGGGCGUGUUUUCCGAUUUUCUGUUGCCAUUCUAUCUUUCAGUCAUCAUCCAAGCCUACUCUGAUGUCUUAUGUCCAACUCUCUGCGCUUGCGUAGAGCCUUGUCCAUUUUCUGUUCUGCUCUUUCCGCAUGCAUAUGCAAGAUCGCUGUUUUCAGCACUGUAAAAUAACUAAG